CCGAUAACGCUUUGAGUCUUCCUGGCUCUAUGAUUGAUUAGAAAGGAAAGACCAAAAUUAUCAGCCUUUUUUCCCCAAAUCCUCUGAAACCCUAGGUCGAACUUCGAGGGAUUCGGGAUGUCUUCCUUCGAGAAUUCCAAUUGGGCCUUCGAUCCUUCGCUUAUCGGCGACAUCCCUGUUCAUGUGGUUGAUUUUGGAGCAGGGGACUCUGGCUAUUUCUGGACUCCUCAGGGUCUCAAUGUCCCCCCCAAUGCCAGUUUGCAAGUUGAUGGCUCCCAGGUGAAUUCUGAUGGGCCUAAAGAAUCUAGCUCAAGCAAACGUUACAGUGCGAGGACAGAGUCCAGCGGUGGGCCGAGCUCGAAGGCAUGCAGGGAGAAAAUGAGGAGGGAUAGGCUGAAUGACAAGUUUGUAGAGUUGGGUUCCAUCUUGGAUCCUGGUAAGCCACCAAAAAUGGACAAAUCAGCUAUAUUAAGUGAUGCUGUUCAUAUGGUGACUCAGUUGCGCACUGAUGUACAAAAGCUGAAAGAUUCAAAUGAGAAGCUUCAUGAGAAGAUCAAAGAGUUGAAGACUGAGAAGAAUGAGCUUCGUGAUGAGAAGCAGAGACUCAAGGCAGAGAAAGAGAGCUUGGAGCAGCAGGUCAAACUCUUGAAUGCUACACCGAGCUUUGUACCUCAUCCUCCAGUGAUACCCACUCCCUAUGUUGCCCAAGGGCAAGCCUCAGGGCAGAAGCUCAUGAUGCCUGUCAUCGGCUACCCUGGGUUCCCUAUGUGGCAAUUCAUGCCACCCGCAGACGUAGAUACCUCACAGGAUGUUGAAUCUUGUCCCCCUGUUGCUUGAUUUCAAUUUGAUGUCAAUCUCUUUGAAUCAUGCCUACUUGUUGCUUGAGCAGAGAAGGAGACUCAUCACUGAUUUGUACCCCUAAUUUUAUGUGAGACUGUUGUUGCUUAACAAGUAGCAUAUCUAUCAUUGGUGAUGUUUAGCUAAUCAAGGAACUCCUAGUUGCUUUACUGUAUAUUCAAAUAAAUCAUCUUGUUUGGGCUGUUAAUAAUCUUCUAUUUA